UCCAGCGUCCGCCGUCUUGCCAGACGCGCUGGCUCACACGAGCGGCGCCACCGAGAUGGCGAGACGAUGAGGAGCGCGGCGGUGGCGUGAACGGGAGGAGGAGGAGGAGGUCGUGGAGGAGGCGCCGUCGUCGUCGUCGUCGUCGCACUCGGAAUGGGCAACUCGUCCUUCCCAGGCAUGUAGCCGCCGCCGCCGCAGAGAAGAGAAGGAAUUCCAUGAUCUCCGCCAGUGAUGCCGAAUUCCCGCGGGACUGCCGCUCACCGGCCGGAUCCCGGGGAGGCCGGCGCUUCGCCGCCAACGGGAGGUCGGCGUCCUCGUCGCCGGACCGGCGUCGCGACGCGCCGGCGCCCGACAGACCGGAGGCCCCGAACGGCGUCCGCCAGGUCGACGCGGAGCGGCGGAGGGACGCCGACAAGGAGAUGUCGCUAGGGGGCGCUGCUCGAGGACGGCAGCAACAAGCUAACUACUGGAGCUUCAAGAGUCGGACGCCGCGCGGCAGCGGCCUGAGCCCGACGCCAGGCGGCGGACUUUCGGCCGAGCAUCCGGACGUGAUGUCCGAUCGCGACCUGCCCGCGGCCUUCAGCCGCAUGAACCGCCUGCGCCAGAGUCUCCCGCUGGCCCGAUCGUCUGCCGGCGGCCCGGCCAAGCUGCACGCGCCAGGUAUGCUGUUCCUCCAGCUGGGCGAGGAGACCCGCCGCGUGCACCUGACGCACCAGCUGAGCAGCCUGGACACCCUGCGAGCGCUCAUCGUGCACAUGUUCCCGCAGAGGCUCAGCAUGGCCGCGCUCAGGUCUCCCAGCACGGCCCUGCUGAUCAAGGACGAGAGCCGUAACGUCUUCUACGAGCUGGAGGACCCGCGGGACGUUCGGGACCGCUGCGUCAUCAAAAUCUACUGCAAGGAGCCCGUCUACGGGACGUACCCGGGCCAGCGCCACAACUCGCACCUGCUGGCCAACGGGGACCUGAGGCGCGAGAUGGUGUACACCCCCCAGGAUUCGCCCCCCGGCCGGCGCGCCCAAGUGUCCUCCCAGCAUCGCUCCGCCUCGUCCUCGCCGCCUCAGGGUUCGCCGUCGCGGACGCGGCUGCUUUACGGCGGCGGCGUCCGUCCGUCCUCGUAUGCUGGGCCGGCGCUGCCCCAGCACCGCGGCGCGCCGCCGGCGCACCACUCGCCGCCCCCGCCGGCCUUCGCCGCCUCCUCCAGCGCCAUCCUGGAACGACGCGACGUGAAGCCGGACGACGAGGCGGGCGGGGCCCGCGGCGUGGCGCUUUUGCGGGCGGACGAGCGCGCGGGCAUCUACGCCGACCCCUACUCCCUGGCCAUGGACGCCCGCCUGGGCCUCGCCGGGGCGCCGCAAUCGCCGCUCACCGGCCGAAGCGACCCGUACGGCUCCUUAUACCGGCGAGGAACCGGCGGGGCGGUGUGUUCCCUGAUGGAAGGCGGCGGCCUCUACAGAGCGGGCGGCGCCCUUUACAACGACACCUACGCGGCGGCCAUGUUGGCCGUGGGCCCGCGCGGACCGUCGCUCUCCUCUCCGCAGAGGAUUCCCGAUACGCGCGAGGCCUACGCUAGCACGCUGCCGUCGCGCGGCUCCCCUGCCAGGGGCGAGCGGCGGCGAGACUCUGCAAUGUCGUCCGUGGGCGGCGACAGUCCCAGAGGUCGGGGGCUGACCUCGGAGCAGCUGUGCCUGCUGGCGGCGGCGGCGGGAGGAGACGGGGGCAGUGUCAGAGCAGAUGAGACAGAAACCAGGGAGCGCAUGGAGGUGAUGGAGAAGCAGAUCGCCAGCCUGACGGGUCUGCUGCAGCGAGUCCUCAGCAGAGCGCCCGAAGACCACAGCCCGGACCCGAUGGAGUCUGCCAGCGACGGCUCGGGGACAGAUCCUGGACCUGCAAAAGUAAAGAAAGCCGCGACGCCGUCCGGCCCCCUGGCGCUGAUGCCGCCACCCCCGACCGCCGCCGGCGACGCCAACCGGCCACUGACCGUGUCCCGCGUGCAGAUGCAGCGCCACCUGCUGGGCCUGCAGCAAAGCACCAAUGCGCUGCGUACGCAACUCUCGCAGCUGCGCAACACGCAGCUGGAGAAUCAGGAUUGUGUGGUGGCGCUGCUGAGGCAGACGGAGGCGGAGCUUAGAGUGCUGAUGCAGGAUGCGGCGCGCACUCAAGAGGAUCCCCUGCAGCGGCAGCGCCUCCUGGUGGAGGAGGAACGCCUCAAGUACCUCAACCAGGAGGAGAUGCUCGUGCACCGGCUGCACGACUUGGAGCGGUGGGUGGAGGACCUGCAGAAGAAGUCGAACACGGCGAGGCUCCCGGUGAGCCAGCAGGACCUCCGGCAGAAGACGCAAGAACUCAAAACGCUGGCCGACACGCUCGGCAGCCUCAAGAGCCAGUUCCCGGGCCUGCAGAGCAAGAUGCGCGUGGUGCUGCGCGUGGAGGUGGAGGCGGUCAAGUUCCUGAAGGAGGAGCCUCAUCGUCUGGAGGCCCUGCUGCAGCGCUGCAACAACGUCCGCGACACACUCGGCACGCUUCGGAGGCAGGCCAGCGAGAAGGAGCGGGAGGAGGCGGGCGACCAAUCGCAAAGGAAUUCACCCCGCGGCCCGACGGACAACGCGAGCGACGGCAAGGCGGCGGGCCGCGCUCCCGAGCCGGACAAGACGCCGCCGCCGAGCGCCCGAAGUCGCGUUGCGGCCGAGAAGAGCCUCAACGCGCACGUGUCCGCCGAUGUCACUCUGGCGGCGGAGCGCGACUGGGCGGAGAAGCGGGCGAGCCUGACGCAGUUCAGCGCCCGGGACAUCAACCGCCUGCUGGAGGAGACGCAGGCCGAGCUGCUCAAGGCCAUCCCCGACCUGGACUUGGCCGCCAAGACCGUCACCAAACCCGCCGUGCCCCCCAAACCGCUGAUGGCCGCCCCCGCGGCUGGCGAGUCGCCGCCGCCGCCGCCGCCGCCGCCGGGCAAAGUGCAGCUGGCGGCGCAGAAGCUCAACAGCAUGGAUGGCUCCGCCUCCCAGCGAGGCUCGGCGGACGCGGGCGUGUCCCGGUGCCGCACGGACAAGCCGUCCAAGUCUCCGCCACCGCCGCCCCCUCCUCGCCGGAGCUUCCCGUCGGCGCUCGCCGCCAACAACAACAAGAUGGCGGACGGCGAGCCGUUCAAGCUGAGGCGCGCCACCCCCUCGGACGCGGCCCGUCCCGCCUCCACGCCGCCGGGCCUUCAGGACGACGGCGUCGACAAGGAGGUGAUGGGCGGCUUGUCGGCGUCCGUCAAAGGUCCGACGGUGGCGGCUCGCCUCAAACGUCUGGAGCAAGGAGGCCGCAAGUCCAAAGAGGAAGCGCCGGCGCCGGCGGGGGGCCAGCAGCAGGUAUUCCACUUCUAGAAGCGGCGGCGGCGGCGGCGGCGGCGGUGGCGGCGGCGGCGGAUUUUGGUCUUCGCAAGCGAGCCGGCUCCUUUUUUCCUUCUGCGUCUUUGUUUGGAAUUAGCUUCGUGGCUAACGCGCAAUAAUCUACUUCUGACCCUUUGUCGCUCGUCUUAUCCCCGCGCCUGCCCGUGUUCCGAGCGAGGAACGACCCGUAAGCACAAAAAGGAUCAUCUUUGGCCAAUUCCCGUUUUUUUUUUUUCUGACCGGGGGGGUCAGCUCGGACAACGAUGACGUUUCAAAAUCGUUUGCAUGACAAUUCAUCCGUAGUCACAUGAUCAGCCCCCGGCGUCGGCCCGAUGAUGACCCGCCGACCUUUAACCUCAACCCUUCCCUUUCGUCCAACUCUCGCGGAUGACAUCGCGGGUGAUGACAUCACGGGUGAUGACAUCACAGGCGACGGUGGCGGUGGUGAUUUAGACUUUAGACCGUGUCGAUGUUGUCGUGCUCUGAAGAUGUACAAAAAAAAAAGACAAAUGCCAUCUAUGUUUUCUACUUGUUUUCUAUUUUUAUACGUACGUAACACAUCGACUGUGUAAAAUUAUUAUUUUUUAUGAUUUAGAGAUCUUUUAUUUUUUCUGACGACCAUCAAGCAAAGCUCCGUCGGCCAUUUUCUACCCGUUUCCUGAAUAUCUUCCGAUAGUCCCGCGCGCGGCCCGCACGCACCCGAACCAUCGACCGUCUCGUUAGCUUCCGUGGACUUGAUGUUCUCCGUCAUCGCAA